AUGGCCUGUUCAUGUUCCUUGGUUCUAAGGAAUCAUUUGUCCGUGGUUGCUGCGUUAUUGCCUAUCUGGUCUACAUUGUUAGACAUCCGAGCUCUACACCAUGUAAACCGUCACUUCUACUCCUUACUCAAACAACGUCUCGCUCAAUCCAACAUUGAACAAUGCCACAAGACGCUUCUUCGCUGUGCAGCAGCAGCAGAGGACUAUAAGCUUGCUACAGAGCUUCUGGAUGACCUGGUCACGGCCCAAAUGAGACCAAAGAAUACGAAUGCAGACUCCAACGACGAUGUCAUCGACUCGGCUUUCUAUUAUCAUCCAUUAUACAAAAAGGGCUACACACAGGAGACAAUUUUGGACAUUCAAAGCGCCUUUCUAGCAGCGAUUGAAGCAAAUUCAAAGCCGCUCGUCAGUCUACUCCUCGAUCGAGGUGCACAGGCGGGCUUUGUAUUCCCACGACACGUUUAUAACCCGGAUGGAAGCCCCGAAGAAACAAAACCACUCAGUCCCCUUGACCUAGCCGUGAAAUCCGGCGAUAACGAGGUCUUCGAUCUAAUGCAGGAUCGCGCUAAAUUUGAUUACCAAUUAGAGAUUGGGUUUCGAGUUGACCUUUUUGGUGAUGGGGCUCUAUUCCUCGUUAUUGCGCAAGGUGAUAUAGAGAUGGUGCGGUUUCUAAUUAAGAAGGGGGCGGAUCCUUAUGCGUCUCCUUACAGUGAGCCAAAACUGCACAGCUCUGUUUAUACUGCGAUUCUUGGUGGCCAUACAGAGAUAUGUAAGAUGUUGGUUGAGGAAUACGGUGUACAUCCUGACCAGGGGGGUCUGGACCUGGCUCAGGAAAUGCGGAAUCAGACAGUCAUUGACCUUCUUUCUGGCUUUUCUUAUGAUGAUGUGCCAGAAAAAUGGCCUAUUUUUGAGAAGGGAUAUGACAUAAUUGACAAGGAAACUUGGGGCGAGCCAGUUUAG